ACCCCCUUCCUCCUCUCUUUGUCUCGUCUCCACACUUCCCUUCCCUUUCUGCUCCCGCUCUCCCCCUUUCAAAUCCCUCCCCCCGCUGUCUAUUAACCCUAGGCGAGGGAGCAGCGCAAAACACUCCUAAAUCUGAGCCCUUUCGAUCGUCCCGCCCCCCUCGUUCAUGGCGACUCCGCCGUCGCCGCCGCCGCCCACGCGCGCCUCCUGCGGCUCCUUUCUCCAAGAACUGCAGGAACUGUGGGGAGAAAUUGGCCAGGAUGAACUGGAAAGAGAUAAGAUGAUACUGCAACUGGAGGAGGACUGCCUGAAUGUUUACAGGACGAAAGUGGAAGAAACUAGAAAGCAAAAGGCAGACCUACUUCAAACGAUGUCUUUGGGCGAAGCUGACAUAGAUAGGAUCCUUUCUGCCCUUGGAGAGCGUGAAUCCUUUUCUAGGAUAGAGAAGCUUGGGGGUACAUUAAUGGAGCAACUUGCAAAAGUAGAGCCAGUUCUGGACGAUUUGAGAAUGAGGAGGGAUGAGCGCGUAAAUGAAUUUUUGACUGUUCAGCUGCGUAUAUUUCGUCUAGAAGCUGAAAUUUCAGGAACUACUGAUCACGGGGAUCCUGCAGCUCCUUUGGUGGAUGAGACCAAUCUGUCAAUAAGAAGACUAACGGAAUUGAAGACCCAGCUUACCGAGCUCCAGACAGAAAAGAAUCUCAGGCUGCAAAAGAUUGAUUUCCAGAUCAAGUGUAUUAAUGAAAUGUGCAGCAUGAUGUCUCUAGAUCUUAAGAAGACAUUAUACGAAGUUCAUCCCAGCUUUGUUGAGUUGGGAAAAACCAAAUCUAUGAGUAUAAGUGAUUGCACACUUGACAGUCUUGCAGGAAAAGUUCACGCACUAAAUCAAGAAAAGAAGCAGAGGCUCCGGAAGCUACAAGAUCUUGGAAGCACACUUAUUGAGUUGUGGAAUCUCAUGGACACACCAAUUGAUGAGCAAAAAUGCUUUGAUCAUGUUACCUCUUUGAUUUCAGUCUCACCCAAUACAGUGAUGCCCCAAGGAUGCCUUGCGCAUGACCUUAUUGAGAAGGUAGAGGUUGAGGUUAAGAGACUGAAGCACUUGAAAGCUAGCAAAAUGAAAGAGCUUGUCCUAAAGAAAAUGACUGAGCUUGAAGAAAUCUACAAAAGUGUUCACAUGCAUAUGGACAGUGAUCAUGAGUGGCGGCUUCUCGCUGAUCUUAUUGAUUCUGGCAGAGCAGAUCUCUCAGAGCUGCUUACAGGUAUGGAUGAUAGAAUUACAGAAGCAAGAGAGCUUGCUCUAAGCAGAAAGGAUAUUCUAGAAAAAGUGGAAAAAUGGACAUCAGCAUCUGAAGAGGAGGGCUGGCUUGGUGAAUAUGAGAGGGAUCAAAAUCGCUAUAAUGCUGGUCGAGGAGCUCACGUAAAUCUCAAGCGCGCGGAGAAAGCAAGGAUAUUGGUCAGCAAAAUUCCAUCUCUGCUUGAGAAUUUGACUGCUAAAAUUAAAGCUUGGGAAAAGGAGAAGGGCAUACAGUUUAUGUAUGAUAAGACGAGGCUGCUGCAUAGCUUAGAAGAAUACACCUCGGAAAGACAACAAAAGGACGAGGAAAAACGUCGAUCACGGGAACUUAAGAAACUUCAGGAACAGUUUGCCGCAGAACAAGGUGCAACAUAUGGAGCGAAACCAAGUCCCAUGCGGCCGGUUUCAGCAAGGAAGCCACUUGGGCAGAGUUCUAACGUCAACAUCAUUGGUGGAACUCCUAACAGCCGUCGUGUCUCUACGCCAAUGUCACGCAAGGGAGGCUUGUCUUCUGGAAAAAUGAAGGAUGCCGGCAAGACAGCUGCUUCUAUACCAGCAAACUAUGUUGCCAUUACCAAGGAUUGCUCAGACAAUUCUUCCCUGUGAAAAUGUCAUCUCCUGCAAGUUGGGGCCUGAAGCCCGUACCCUAGCUUUACCUUCCAUAUGCCUAAUCUCAUACAGAUUAACUGCUUGCUAAUGCUUGAAUGAUUUGGUGAUUAUACUUUGGAUGCAAAACCUUCAAGACUUGAAACCUUCCCAAAAUAGUACUGCACAUUUCUCUCUGCUUUCUUUUGUUUGGUGAGAAGUGGUAGUAUGAGAACUCCUGCGUUGUUUGCUGUAUUCAGCGUCUGCAGGGUACCAAUAUUAUCCAUAUCCCAUA